CACGACAAGAUCUCGGCAAGAAGAUUAAGCUCAACGGGCGGGUGCGUUACAGGCAACUGGGAGCUGCAUUCAAAAGCGGUACGAUAAUGCCGAACGAUAAGGCUUUGUAUCGUACUCAGCAAGAUAUUCAACAAAUGUUUCGAGCGAUCAAGACUGCAACACGACGAGACAAAACACCAGCAACGCCAACCCCUGCCGAAACCACCGCGAUGGCUCACAAUACCUUUGCGCAAGAUGUUUUUUUCAAAAACACAAACAUUUUGCAGAUUGCAGCAAAGGAGAAGAUUGGUAGAAGCGAGGAAAGAGUAAAACAUCACGCCAUUCGUUUGUAUGAACGAUAUGUAAACGAUCGGGCACAACGCAUUCGGGCUCCGUUCCAUCAGCUGAGGUUCAGCAGCCAGAAGGCGGAAGGUUUGUUCCGGAUGGCGCUAAACGUGCCGAUCGAGAGCGCGGAGCAGAUGGAAGCCCACCGGCGAAUGUUGGCCCUCCACGGCAUACGGCACGAAUGCUUCGUGGACAUCACCCAAAACAACAUCGUCCUGGAAGACCAAGCAGCGGUGGUGGCCAAAUUGCAAAGAGCGUUCACCAAUUGGUCAGCAAAACUGACCAAACUUCCGAAAUACCUCCAACCUCGAAUAGAAAAACGAGCGAUGGCCAAGCGAAACGCGUUGCUGGAACAACUGCGAUAUCACUCGAACUUCUCCGAUUUAUGGGAGGGCGUGAACAAUUACGAAAACCAAAUGCUAGAGGAUCUUAAACAUCCAAGCGAGCAACGUGUGCUACGAUUGUGGCGCAACUUUCAGUUCGACGAUGACGAGCUGAACAGAAGGUACAAAUUAGGCAUCCAUCGCCCAAGGCGAUCCUUGUCGCGUUCGUGCUCGUCGGAGGAUGUUGCAGGUCCUAGCCGUACCCAAGAAGACGACCACGAUCCCGUAUACCACGAUGCCAUGCAGCCAGAAACAUGCUGUAGCCCGGCACGAAGUGACUUAGCUGAAACAGUACCUGACGAUAACAUGCUCGCCACACCGCAAGAUUAUGGUGCGAAGGGGAAUAGUGCAGAAAGGGUUUUGGCCGCACCUUCCGCUGCAGAAGAGGCACCAAGGACGGGGUCACCCCCGGUACCGUAUACGUUAGAGGAUAUCAAACAAAAAACGAAUGUGCAUGAACUGAUGAAAAAUAUGUACUCUUCUGCAUACAACAUCACAAAAACGUGGACCCAUUCCCAAAUGGAGCGAGUCAUUCGACGAUACUACAAGUCAAAUCGCGACACUUUCCGUGCUGGACGGCUACCGGAUUCAUUGCGUCUGCUUUCGAAGGAAGAACAGGAAGCACUUCAAAAUGCAUCAAUCUGUACCGCGCCGCAACAGGACGCAGAUGCUAGCACCAGUACUCGAGAAACCCAAAAGAUAUCCUCCGCGCAGUCCGCAACGGAGCCCAUGCCAUCCAGAGUUGAAGAGCCCUGCACAUCGUCACCAACUACAACUACAAAGAGAACAACAACGAAUUUGGUUCAAUCGCGGAAAAGGCCAAUAGUGUACGAUUCUAUCACCGACAGUGAAACUGAAUCUCCUGUGCUCCACCAAAAUUCCAAACGCCCAGCCGUUUACCUAGAAGACUCGACAACGGGAUUAAGUGAAUACAUCGGUUUGGGAAGUCCUGCCCCUACGCCUAUCUCCGAUACGAUGAACAUACAGAGCUCACUCCGCUUUGAACCAUCCAUUUGUUCCACCCAGAACGUAGCCGAUGAAGAAUUAGCCCACGCAACUCCGCACUGUGACGCGGUGUCACUGAACGAAGCUGAAUUGCAGGAACGCAAUCCAUCACCUAAUACUUCGUUGUCAGUAACAUAUACUGAUGCUAAUACUUCGUUGUCAGUAACAGUUAGGCACAUGGACGAGCAGCGUGCAGAAUCGCCCGAAACGUUGAAUUUGGUGUCUCCAGAAACGCCGACAUCGAUAAAGCAGGAACCAGAAAUACAAUCGAACAGACGAAAUUAUUCCGGUUACGAGGGAUUCGUCGAGGUGGUUCCCCUCGAGUCUCCAGAGAUCAUUGUACUCGAUGAUUCAAUUCCACUUACGGACGAUGAACAGAUUACUUACGAACCACCAGAAACAGUCAGUCAACCAAGGACUAGUCCAACGAGUCCCACCAUGUCGCGGAUAAACGAAAUAUUCCGUUUGCCAGAGCAAGAUGAUGGUUUAACAGUAUCAGAAAUCGGUACGCCAGAAGGAGUGGUUGGUAGAAGUGAUAGAUUAAAUGUAAAACCCUCGCCGGCGUUCCGUCUAGCCCCACUACAUUCCACCAUUUCUGAACGAUCGCCACCACACUUUGAAUUUCUGAUUCGAAACGUGCUACUUUCAUUCCGCUAUACGCCCUACCCCAUUCAUUGGCCACAGUGUAACGAGCUGCAAGAAAAUCGGCUAACAGCGCAGGUGCGACUAUCUGGCAAAGUUAACCGUACCGUAGCCCUCCAUGAUCGUGACGCGAUGAAGCUUCUGGGUCUUCCGCCUGGUGGUCGUGGGUGGCGGGCACUGCUCGCGGCCCUUCGACACGUCGGACGCUUCCGGUACGGCCCAAACGAACCACUACGCCCAUACGACCAGCUGUCUCUGGCAGAGAAGGUGCUGCAGCUGUAUCUCGAUAGUGUACCGGCGAGUCCCACCGAAGAAGGCGGAGGAGCAGUAGUAACGCAAAUAGGAUCGAACAAUGGCAAUGAUAUCCCCAGUGGAAACUGGAGGCUCACAUCGUUCAACUAUCAUCUGCACUCAAACAUGGCUGCUAUUUCAUCGAGUAGGGACCGAUUGGAAAAUGAUAACAGGUGUUUAACUUCUUACCUAGCACCUGGCGUAGCGCAAAAAAUGAAAAAUUGGAAAGCCAUGUUCCACAGACAAACGAAUGCAGCGGAUGAAGUACUGUAAAUUCACUGUUGUUACUUCACGAAGAAGUGUUGAAUACUGAGUUAAGAAACCACAAAUGAAGAAUUGGUGUAAACGUUUUUUUAUGGAAAAUAAACUAUACAGGCACUCGCGGCACGGUUGUGUGUUGGGAGAGUUGAUAUGACAAUUUUAUUCAAACAUUCAAUUACCUAGCAUUUCCUGGGAGGAGCGUAUCGCUGAUGCCCAACACAUGUACUUGCGUUCCCUUCACAUUUAUACCAUAUUAAUGGAAAACAUUCGACCUAACAAACAAAUACCUAAACAACGCAUUUUUCAUUCCAACAUUUCUAAGCGAUACUUCCAGUUUUUUCCUUCUCCUCGGGUAAUUUUUUUUUGUUU